AUGAAGCCCACACCCUCCAAAAGUAAGCGCAGAUCUAGGAUCAAAAGCAUCUCAGCUGGCUGGAAAAAGGCCACCAUCAUGACGACUGGCACGAAUGCUUACAAAUUCACAGAAAGCAGCUCUGUCUCGAAUCUGCGCACAGCUCCAAUCGUACUCCUACGCAAAACCCAACCACCAACCUCACUCCCUUCUCAGACCAAGCCCGUCGAAAUCUGCAUCGUGACUCCCAAUCAACCACAAAGAAACCCUUGCCGGCCUCACCGCGACGAAGUAAACUUCCUCACCUUUCUCCAUCGACAGGUAUGGUGGUUUGUGAAGUCAUGCAAUUUAUCUCUGGACGUACGCUUAUGCAGAAUUUUUUCGUAUGAGACCCAGAAUGUUAAGUCUUGUAAUGAUAUUGAUAAUCUUGCGUGGUUCAAAUAUAUACAACUGUCGAACUCGCUUCCGUUGGCAUCAAGCUGGAAGCUACCUUACUCCCAUGGCAUGGAACGAUUUACCCACGACCUCCUCUUCUUACUCAAUAGGAAAUCGGUUGUUUGUGACAGCCUGACUACUCACACUGUAGGACUGCUUCCACUUGGUAGCUAG